UUUAACGCGUUAAGUAUCGAAGUAACUGGUUAUGAAUGUAUGCAUGGUAAUGCUCAGUAAGCCUUGCACGCUGGUACGUUGUUGCUUACGUUGGUCAAGUACUUAUAAAAGACAAACCCCCGCAGAGUAUUGUUUGAACUUGGUUAAAAAAAAUGAUUAUGAAAGUUUUCUUUGUACACUACUUUUGCCCAAUAACGUGAGGUCAUCAGCUUUUGCAAUAAGAGCUUUCAAUACAGAAAUCGCUUUGGUGGAAGAUCAAGUUAAGGAUGAUCAAAUCGGGUUGAUGAGACUUAAGUUUUGGGAGGAAACUCUAAAUAAAACGUACGAUGGCAAACCACCAAAAAAUCCAACACAUUUAGAACUACAUAGAGUACUUCAAGAAAAUAAAUUAUCCAAACAUUACUUCAAAAGGCUUAUUGAAGCACGUUUCAAUCAACUAAGCAAUUCGAUUUUCAUAAAUUUAGAAUCUUUAGAAAAGUACGCUGAGAAUACAGUUUCUUCGGUGUACUAUUUAAUUUUGGAGGCACAGGGAACAAAGGACGUGCACACAGACCAUUACGCUAGUCACCUAGGUAAAGCUCAUGGGAUAGUUACUUUAAUUCGCUCUGUCCCAUACAACGCGCAAAAAAGAAAAAUGGUUCUGCCACAAGAUAUACUUAUGAAACAUAACGUCUCCUCUGAAUCAAUAUUUCAAGGAAAAAGCACCAAAGAAUUGAGGGAUGUGGUGUAUGAUGUCUCAUGUAGAGCCAAACAACAUUUUGACAAGGCAUUGUCAAUGAAGAAACAAAUAAAAAAGGAGUCGCGCAUAAUUUUUUUGUCGUCCACAAUAGUCGGGAAUUAUCUUGAAAAAUUGCAAAGGGCUGAUUUUGACAUUUUUGAUCCCAAAUUAAGCAAAAGAAACAAUGUGCUUCCCCUUCAACUCUAUUGGAAUAAACUGUUGAAUAAGUAAUAGAUAUAAUAAAAAAAUAUUAUGUACAUAAAAAUACAGACUUUUGUGGUAUAAAACGAA